CCGAGGCGCGCGCGCUGGGCGCUGCCCACGUCGGCCUCCCCACGGGCUGCGCUCGGCCAAGCGCCGUGCCCCAACCCGGAGCACACCCGCCCGGGGGACCCCGCCCGGGGGCCCAGAAGGUUGUCAUUCCCGUCCUGUCUUCCAGACGCGGAGGACCGAGGCUCCCGGAAGACGAGGAACCGACCAACAUGGCAUCAGAGAGUGGGAAGCUGUGGGGUGGCCGGUUUGUGGGUGCAGUGGACCCCAUCAUGGAGAAGUUCAACUCGUCCAUCACCUAUGACCGGCACCUGUGGGAGGCGGACGUGCAGGGCAGCAAGGCCUACAGCCGGGGCCUGGAGAAAGCGGGGCUCCUCACCAAGGCUGAGAUGGACCAGAUACUCCACGGCCUGGACAAGGUGGCUGAGGAGUGGGCCCAGGGCACCUUCAAACUAAACCCCAAUGAUGAGGACAUCCACACGGCCAACGAGCGGCGUCUGAAGGAGCUCAUCGGAGAAACCGCAGGGAAGCUGCAUACAGGACGGAGUCGAAACGACCAGGUGGUCACAGACCUCAGGCUGUGGAUGCGGCACAGCUGCUCAACACUCUCUGCCCUCCUCUGGGAGCUCAUCAGAACCAUGGUGGACCGGGCAGAGGCGGAACGUGACAUCCUCUUCCCGGGGUACACACACCUGCAGAGGGCUCAGCCCAUCCGCUGGAGCCACUGGAUCCUGAGCCAUGCCGUGGCGCUGACCAGAGACUCGGAGAGGCUGCUGGAGGUGCAGAAGCGGAUCAACGUUCUGCCCCUGGGGAGCGGGGCCAUUGCAGGCAAUCCUCUGGGUGUGGACCGGGAGCUGCUCCGAGCAGAACUGAACUUUGGGGCCAUCAGUCUCAACAGCAUGGAUGCUACCAGUGAGCGAGACUUUGUGGCUGAGUUCCUGUUCUGGGCUUCACUGUGCAUGACCCAUCUCAGCAGGAUGGCUGAGGAUCUCAUCCUCUACGGCACCAAGGAAUUCAGCUUUGUGCAGCUCUCGGACGCCUACAGCACCGGAAGCAGCCUGAUGCCCCAGAAGAAAAACCCAGACAGCCUGGAGCUGAUCCGGAGCAAGGCGGGGCGAGUGUUUGGGCGGUGUGCUGGGCUCCUGAUGACACUGAAGGGACUUCCGAGCACCUACAACAAGGACUUACAGGAGGACAAGGAAGCCGUGUUUGAAGUGUCAGACACCAUGAGCGCCGUCCUCCAAGUGGCCACUGGCGUCAUCUCUACGCUGCAGAUUAACCGUGAGAACAUGGCGCGGGCUCUCAGUCCUGACAUGCUGGCCACUGACCUUGCCUACUACCUGGUCCGCAAAGGGAUGCCGUUCCGCCAGGCCCACGAGGCCUCCGGGAAAGCCGUGUUCAUGGCCGAGACCAAGGGGGUCGCCCUCAACCAGCUGUCGCUGCAGGAGCUGCAGACCAUCAGCCCCCUCUUCUCGGGCGACGUGAGCCGCGUGUGGGACUACGGGCACAGCGUGGAGCAGUACGCGGCCCUGGGUGGCACGGCGCGCUCCAGUGUCGACUGGCAGAUCGGCCAGGUGCGAGCACUGCUGCGGGCACAGCAGGCCUAGAGCCUUCCCCACCCCGCGCCCGAAUAAAGUGGGUCCAGGAGAGGCUGCUAUGUGUUUCCUGCCCAGCCUGUCUCCCUCAGCUGUGGGCUUUCCGGGGUCUGUUGAGCAGGCAGUGGGGGCAUGAAGGAAGUGGAGGAACUGGGCAGUGAUGGUGAGAGUUGCUGAUGGGGAGGGGAGGAGGAGAUUGUGUCUCAUCAGAGCCUCUGCCCCAUGCAGGCCCCACCCCCUUCGAGCCAUCACAGUGACCUCCUACCUUGGGUAUCUUGGCAGGACUGGCCCCCUUGGAGCCCUGGU